AUGUCUGAACCAUCAGUUAAUUCCAAGUUCGUCUCACAACUAGCAACAGUAGAACGUGAUUUAAAAGCUAAAUUAUCUCAAGAUGAAUCAGUGAGAGUGUUUAAAAUAACAAAAAAUGAUUCCAUCAAAAAUAAAGUAGAAGCAAUUUUGAAAUUUAUUGGAGAUAAUGAAAUAGUACUUCUAGGUGGUGUAUCCAAUGGUGCUGCUAAACUAAUAGCCAUUACAGAAAUUGUCAAACAGAAAGAACAACAAUUAUUUCAAUACAAUACACUUUUAAAAAUCGAAAGUACAACAAAUCCAAACCAUAAGAAUAAACCAGAUGUUGAUAGCAAGACUCAAGAUGAAGUGUCACUGGAAAAGAAAGUUUUAGAAGAGAUCAACGGUCCCAAAGUGUUUACGUUACCUUCAAUGUAUAUUCUUUUAACUAAGAAGGACAUUCUUGAAGGCAUCGACAUGAUGAGCUGGACCAAACAGAAAACAUCAUAA